CCGCCAGGUACCAACCCUCACCGCUCGCAGAGUACCUGCAUGGCCUCCUGUGCUCUGUGCUCCUGCAACACUCCCGCGGGUUCCUACUUUACGAAGUAAGCCUUCGGUAUUGCGGCAUUGUGGAUAGGCAUUCGAAACCGACGAGGUGCGGCUCGGCAUAGCGAGCCUGAAGUUUGUUACGCGGCCUCGACAGCUUACUCCGAAAGCUUGAUGAUUGUAAUUCUGCCAAUGCCGCAAAGUAGUAGAGCCCACAAGUAGAAGGACGCACUCCGAGUCAUUGAUCCUACAGUUGCACUACAGCUGCCACUUAGAUAAGGCGAGGAAUACAUAAGUCGCCAUUGACCCAGCAUAGGCUGUCCUGCAGCCUUCCCCUCCACCCCACAUUCACCCGCCUCCUAGCUGUCGCCAGCAAUCGCAACAUGAAGCACGAACGCGCGACGCUCCCAACGCCUACUUCAAGCAACUCAUUCUGGCACAGCGAGCCUAAUGAAUUCUUGAUUAGACACCGUACCACCGAACAGCUUCCCGCCGAGGCCGACAUUGUCAUAGUAGGAAGUGGUAUAACUGGUACAUCUGCUGCUCGGUUCCUGGCUGAAGAUGAGAGAGCCGAGGGUAAGAGCAUUGUGCUUCUCGAAGCUAGGGAAGCAUGUUGGGGAGCUACAGGUAGGAAUGGCGGACAUUGUCAACCACUGCUCUUCGACCGUAGCGCCGAGGUGGCUGCAUUCGAAAUGAAGAAUGUCCACGCAGUCCGAUCGUACAUCAAGAAGAACAACGUCCCCUGUGAAUGGCGAGAUGUAUCCGGAUGUCGCUCAUUCUGGACAGAAGAGGUGAUGAGCGAGGCUGAGAAGGAGAUCGCGCAUCUCGAAAAGGUAGCUCCAGCGCUGAGAAGCCUAGUAACGAUCAUCCGCGACAAGGAGGAGCUGAAGAAGCACCGGGUAUCUCCUGAAGCAGUAGGGGUGACGCUCAGCCAAGGUGCGGCAAGUUUGUGGCCUUACAAGCUGGUCACAUUUACUCUGGAGCAACUCAUCAAAGCUGGACAGCUCAACUUGCAGACCAAUACUCCUGUCAACGAGAUCACAUCCACGGACGGCAAGCACACGCUGCAUACCGACCGCGGCGCGAUCAACGCAAAAAAGGUCAUUCUAGCUACCAAUGGCUACGUGUCAGCCCUCCUUCCUCAUUUCGCCGAUCUAAUCGUUCCCGUACGCGGCGAGAUGUCAGCGCUUCUACCACCGAAAGGAAGCACGAUCCUCUCAGAUUCGCAUGGAAUGGUAGGAGCCUUAGGUCAACCGGCCAACAACGAUGACUAUCUUGUCCAACGCCCGUUUGAAGGCGUACCAAACCCUCGCGGACAUCUGAUGUUCGGUGGCGGCCGCGGAGCGGGUCACCUUCCAGCUAUUGGUGUCUCGGACGACAGUAUCAUCGACGAAGAUUCAGCAGCAUAUCUCCGCGGCGCGCUUCUGAAGGUCCUUGAACUUGACGGAGAGACCGAAGGUCUGAAGGAGCUUGAAGCUGUUGGACAAUGGACAGGUAUCAUGGGCUAUUCUCGUGAUGACCACCCUUGGGUCGGCAAAGUACCAGACCGGGAGGGCUUGUGGUUGUCUGGUGGAUAUACUGGACACGGUAUGCCAAACACUACACUUUGCGGCAAAGCAGUUGUAGACAUGCUGCUUGGAGAGGAGGCUGGCCAGGAUUUGGGUACCCUUCAAGCACAGAUGGUGCAGAGCGGCGACAUCCCCAGCAGCUAUCUCUUGACAAAGGAGAGGAUUGAGAGGGCUAGGGCUUUCCUUACUGUGCAACAACAAGACGAGCAAGGCGUUCACAUGAGGGGCGUGGUUUAA